AUGAAUUUGCUGUCGUAUCUAAAGACAAAGCGAAUAGAACAGUUUGGACACUUGUUGAAAAUCAAAGCCGGUUUAAUUAAAAAUGUCAUUAAAGGAAACAUACAUAAGACUAGACCACUAGGUUGGCUACAAACGAAAUGGAAUUAUCCAGAAGAGAAGGACAUGCAAACGGUGGACAAAAAUACUUCAGUGGAUCUUGCAUUUGAUAGAGUGCGGCGGAAAGUUUCGUUUGUGGCAGCUUAG